CCGUAUCUGAGCGGUAGCACGUGACCGAUAUACUGGAAACCGUUGUUUGUCAGUGUUGCGCCGAGCAGUUAGUUUUAUGGUCUGAACACCAUCUUUUCCUUAUUUUAAGCCGCGACUUUGACUCUACGGACUGCUAGCUUCGGUAUUUUCCACCUGUAUUCAGAAAAUGGAGUUUAAUCGCUUCUGUUUGAGGAGCUUUUUGAGUUGUUUGCUAAUCUGCGUCACUCUGUGGAGCGAGCAAAGCUACGGGUUGUUUGGACAAGCCAACCGGAGACCAAACAUCGUUUUAAUCCUCACUGACGACUUGGACAUCGCCAUGGGCGGCUUGAACCCUUUGACCAAGACUAAGAAACUAAUUGGUGACACUGGGAUAACCUUCACAAACGCGUUUGUCGCCAGUCCUCUCUGCUGCCCGAGUCGAGCCAGCAUCCUGACGGGGAAAUACCCCCACAACCACCACGUCAUCAACAACACGCUGGAGGGGAACUGCAGCAGCUUGGCCUGGCAGAAGAGCCAGGAGCCGCAAACUUUCCCUGCUUUGCUGAAGAGCUUCGGAGGAUACCAAACCUUCUUCGCAGGGAAAUACCUCAACCAGUAUGGACAUUCUGACGCUGGUGGCUUGGAGCACGUUCCUCCAGGCUGGAGCUACUGGGUGGCAAUGGAGAAAAACUCUAAAUACUACAACUACACUCUGUCAGUGAAUGGGAAGGCUCAGAAACAUGGAGCGGACUACAGCAGAGAUUACCUGACCGAUGUGCUGGCUAACAGGUCUCUGGACUUCCUCCAGUAUAAAUCCAGUUACCAGCCGUUCUUCAUGAUGGUUUCCACGCCGGCGCCACACUCCCCGUGGACGGCGGCUCCUCAGUACCAGGACCGCUUCAACGACACCAAGGCUCCCAGAGACCCCAACUUUAACGUCCACGGGAAGGACAAACAUUGGUUGAUCCGUCAGGCUAAAACUCCCAUGUCCAACUCCUCUGUCCAGUUCCUCGAUGACGCCUUCAGGAAGCGAUGGCGAACUUUACUGUCAGUGGACGAUCUGGUGGAGAAAAUUGUGAAGAAGUUGGAGGUCAGAGGUGAACUAGAGAACACCUACAUCUUCUUUACCUCUGAUAAUGGCUACCAUACAGGUCAGUUCUCUCUGCCGCUGGACAAACGGCAGCUCUAUGAGUUCGACAUCAGGGUUCCUCUCCUGGUCAGAGGACCAAACAUCAAACCCAACCAGACCAGUCAGAUGCCGGUGGCGAACGUCGACCUCGGCCCGACCAUCCUGGACAUCGCCGGCUACAACGUCAACAAGACCCAAAUGGACGGCAUGUCCUUCCUGCCCAUUAUGCAGCAAGGGAAGGUGAACAGCAGCAGCUGGAGAACAGACAUCCUGGUGGAGUAUGAAGGUGAAGGAAGGAACGUUUCGGAUCCAGCCUGCCCGCUGUUGGGACCGGGAGUGUCGGAGUGCUUCCCAGACUGUGUGUGCGAGGACUCGUACAAUAACACUUAUGCCUGUGUGCGCACCGUCGCCCCCUCUGCCAACUUGCAGUACUGCGAAUUCGAUGACAACGAGGUGUUUGUGGAAGUUUAUAACGUGACGGCAGAUCCCUACCAGCUCAACAAUAUCGCAAAGACCAUUGAGCAGGAAGUGCUGGAAAAGAUGAACCAUCGGCUGAUGAUGCUGCAGUCGUGCUCUGGGCAGACAUGUCGAACACCUGGAGUUUAUGAUCGAAGGUGCAUUUUGACUAUAAAACAUCUUGACUUUGGUUAAAUGAGGAAUUGGGCAUGUUAUACGUGCUUCAAAUACACCAGAUUUGAGCUCAUUUUCAAAAUC